GUGGUCGGCGUCAUGGUGGAGGUGAGUGACGGACGCGCGCGAGGGCAGCCGGUCUCUGGGAGCGCGAGAGUUCUGCCGGUGAAAUGGGACUUUGGCCCGCCGUUUGUCCGCCUAUGGUUCCUCCUCUCUCCAGGAGCUGCGGUUUGAUCCGAAAAUGAGAGGAGGCCGUGACUUAGGCCUAUCCCAGGGGGUGGUGGGGUAGUGGUGGUGGAGAGUAGGGAGCCCCAGAGCGGGAGGAGUGGGCAUGCGCGGCUCCGCGAGACCCUGCGCCUGGCCUGAGCCCGCGGGGCUCCUUUGGGCCGGGUCCCUCCCGGGGCUUGGCUUCUCAUGGGUCGUGGGAGCCUGGGCUCCUUGGGGCGACGCUCCACCUGGUACCUCUCGGGAUAGCAGCGAGAUCAACUCCAUCUGGAACAUCACAUCUUACUCUUCGGAAGAUGCUGCCUUCCUACCGUGUCCUAAGGGAUCCGCUUGUGACCCCUGCCACACCCACACACACUGGGCCUUCCUCUCAUCUAAUUGUACCUCCUUUCUCUGGAGGCCGUUUCUUCAUUCUCUGCAGGUGUGCAUGGAGGUACAGAAACAUUCUGUGCACACACUUGUGUUCAGAUCAUUGAAGAGAACCCAUGACAUGUUUGUGGCUGAUAAUGCAAAGCCAGUACAGUUAGAUGAAGAGAGUCACAAGCUAAAGAUGUCUGUCAAACUUCAUACAGAGUAUGGUCCUGUGUUACACAUGCCUAUUUUGAAAGAAAAUCUUAGAGAGAAAGGUUCUCAGAGUGCAGUGGAUGCAUAUGGGCAUAAACAGUAUCCUGCCAAUCAAGGACAAGAAAUUGAAUAUUUGGUAACUGGUACACAUCCAUAUCCACCAGGACCUGGUGUGGCUUUGACGGCAGAUACCAAAAUUCAAAGAAUGCCAAGUGAAUCUGCAGCACAGUCUCUAGCUGUGGCUCUACCUCCCUCACAAUCCAGGAUAGAUGCAAACCGUACUUCAGCUACUGUAGGUGAUAUUUACCGACAUGCUGGACUUCCUGAACGUUCACAGCCACCUGGGUUAGCUAUGGCUAUGAUGGAAGCUGGGGGCACCAAGAAUGCUGCAAUGAUGGCCAAAAAGGCACCUACAAUGCCUAAACCACAGUGGCAUCCACCAUGGAAACUCUACAGAGUCAUCAGUGGACAUCUAGGCUGGGUUCGAUGCAUUGCAGUAGAACCUGGGAAUCAGUGGUUUGUUACUGGUUCUGCUGAUAGGACUAUAAAGAUCUGGGACCUGGCUAGUGGCAAAUUAAAAUUAUCACUGACUGGACAUAUCAGCACUGUACGAGGGGUGAUAGUAAGUGCAAGGAGUCCGUACCUGUUUUCCUGUGGAGAAGAUAAACAGGUGAAGUGUUGGGAUCUUGAAUAUAAUAAGGUCAUCAGACACUAUCAUGGACAUCUAAGUGCAGUGUAUGGUUUGGAUUUGCACCCAACAAUUGAUGUACUUGUGACAUGUAGUAGAGAUUCAACUGCACGGAUAUGGGAUGUGCGGACAAAAGCCAGUGUACACACAUUGGCAGGGCAUACGAAUGCAGUGGCUACAGUAAAGUGUCAAGCUGCAGAACCACAAAUCAUCACAGGAAGCCAUGACACAACCAUACGACUGUGGGACUUAGUAGCCGGAAAAACACGUGUUACCUUAACGAAUCACAAAAAGUCUGUUAGAGCAGUGGUUUUGCAUCCAAGACAUUACACAUUUGCAUCUGGUUCUCCAGAUAAUAUUAAACAGUGGAAAUUCCCUGAUGGAAACUUCAUUCAAAACCUUUCGGGUCAUAAUGCUAUAAUAAAUACAUUAGCUGUGAAUUCAGAUGGUGUACUGGUAUCUGGAGCGGAUAAUGGCACUAUGCAUCUUUGGGACUGGAGAACUGGAUAUAAUUUCCAAAGAGUACAUGCAGCUGUGCAACCUGGAUCUUUGGACAGUGAGUCAGGAAUUUUUGCAUGUGCGUUCGACCAGUCUGAAAGCCGAUUACUCACUGCAGAAGCUGAUAAAACAAUUAAGGUUUACAGAGAAGAUGAUUCAGCGACGGAAGAAACUCAUCCAGUCAGCUGGAAACCGGAAAUUAUCAAGAGAAAAAGAUUUUAAAGUGGCAACAUGUACAUAAUUGUGCCAUUGUUUUAUUUUGGCUUUUAUAAAUGCAUUCAACCACAUUGUGCUCUAUAUAAGAUGAUAAAGCAGAAACUCGGCAGAAGUCAUUACUGCUUCAUCACAUUUUACAAUAAAAUUCCCUUUUUCUUAG